UGUCGGCUGCGAGUUGGGGCGUGCGCGCGCGUGCGCGCGUCUGCGGGGGCGGGCGCCGGCCGGGGGCGCUGGCCCCUUACCACUCGCCCACCCCCCCUCCCGCCCCGGGGGACCCUCGGGUUCUUCCCCGCCCCUUCCCCGGCCGCUCUCUCUAGGGCUGGGGCCCCGCCCGCCCGGAGGCUGGGCCUGCCCCUCGGUGGGGGAGCCCCGCCCUGACUCCGCCCCCCCAGCUUCCCGGGCUGGAGAGGGAGCCGCGGGGCGAGCGCAGGAUGAGCGAGAGGGGCAGGAGCAGCCGCCAGCGCCAGCGGACGCGCCCCCCGAGCCGCCUGCCCGCCCCGCGCUCCCCGAGCCCCCAGCGGCCGGGCCGGCCGGCCGGCCGGGCGCGUCUCUCUGCGGGGCUCGCCUGGGCGACCCCCUCGGCCAUGCCAGGCCAGCGCUGAGCCCUGUGGGGCGGGGUGGCGGCCGGAGCGGGAGCCGGGCCGGGCCGGGGCCCCCCGGCGACGGGGCCACCCGACGGCGUAGGCUGGCGCCCCCCGGCCUGGCGCUGGGCCCCGGGGCCAUGGCGUUCACCUUCGCCGCGUUCUGCUACAUGCUGACGCUGGUGCUGUGCGCAUCCCUCAUCUUCUUUGUCAUCUGGCACAUCAUCGCCUUUGACGAGCUGAGGACCGACUUCAAGAACCCCAUAGAUCAGGGCAACCCUGCCAGGGCACGAGAGCGUUUGAAAAACAUUGAGCGGAUCUGCUGCCUCCUAAGGAAGCUCGUGGUCCCCGAGUAUUCCAUCCACGGCCUCUUCUGCCUGAUGUUCCUGUGCGCCGCAGAGUGGGUGACGCUGGGGCUCAACAUCCCCCUCCUCUUCUACCACCUAUGGAGGUACUUCCACCGCCCGGCGGACGGCUCCGAGGUCAUGUACGACGCCGUGUCCAUCAUGAACGCAGACAUCCUCAACUACUGUCAGAAGGAGUCCUGGUGCAAACUCGCCUUCUACCUGCUCUCCUUCUUCUAUUACCUGUACAGUAUGGUUUAUACGUUGGUGAGUUUCUAAAGGGGGAAGCCGGCCAGGGAAUGAAGCCCGAGAACGGACCGGACGCCUGUGUACCCCCACCCCCGCGCCCCUCGCGGACAGCGGAGAAGAGCCACUCCCCGCCCCCGUCUCUCAGAAGCCAAGGCUCUGGGGGGAGGCGAGGGGCGCCCGGGCCUCCUCAGCCCCGCCCCCCCCAAUUGCUGCUAUGGGAUGGCCCGCCCCUUCACCUUCGCCCCCACCCCCGCCCCGCCCCCCCGCGCCGCGCCGGCCUCGCUCCGAGCGGCGCCUCCCGAAGGCAGCCGGCCGCCCCUGGAGGCCCAAGCCCCCACUUGGAAAACCUGGCGGUGGGGGGAGGGGCCUUGGGUCCUCAUCCGCUCUGGGGAUAACCGAGGGACGGGGGACGGGGGCGCCGGCCACGGCCUGAGCUCGGGGGAGGGGAACUGGGCCCACCCCGCCCCCGGACGUCCCUCCGCCCUCGGCCCGCCGGCCCAGGGCGUCCCUCGGGGGUCGGGAGGCGGGGCCCCGGGGAGGGGAGGGGCGUGAGCAGGCUCAGCCGGGGGCUCCUCCUCAGCCCCACCUCCCGCUCCCAGUUCUCCCUCUGCCCUGCCACCCCCCAGCCUUUUCUCGGCUCGCUCUUCUGUGCCCUCCCCAGCCCCCGCCCCCCUCCUCCAGCCCCGAGCCCCCGUUUUCGAAGGCGCUGGAGGCCUGGCCCUUCCCAGCGCCCGGAGGAGUUUAUGUGUAACACCCCAGUCUCCCUAGGCCAGCCCUGGCCACUUGUGAUUGAAUAAACAAUUGCAAAGA